CUGACAGGGGAGAAAGCUUGGAACGGGUUGCAAAACUUUUCCUAAGUAGAUCCUAACUCUGCUAGGUUUACACAACUGUUUACAGAAACUAGUUCUUGGUUAUUUAGCAGUACGUUCUGGUCUACGGCAUUACAAACGAGAAAGGACAAAAUGUUAAAUUCUCUUACAGAACGUUAUGAAGCGUUUUUUAAGUCGAAGAACGUGGUAACGGAUUUUCUAACGGUGUUAGAGGAAAAAACCGGAGUUCAGAAACAGUAUAUUGCAACAGGUACAGUGUCUUUGGUGGCAUUGUAUCUCAUAUUUGGAUAUGGUGCCUCUCUCCUCUGCAACCUGAUUGGUUUUGCAUACCCAGCAUAUGCCUCUAUCAAAGCCAUAGAGAGUUACAAUAAAGAAGAUGACACCAAAUGGCUAACCUACUGGGUGGUUUAUGGACUAUUCAGUGUGUCUGAAUUUUUCUCUGAUAUCUUGCUAUUUUGGUUUCCUUUUUACUAUGCAGGGAAGUGUUUGUUCCUUCUGUGGUGCAUGGCACCAUUCUCAUGGAAUGGCUCUCAGAUCAUAUACACCCGCUUGGUGCGACCUUUCUUCCUCAAACAUGAAGCAGUGUUUGACAAUGUUGUCAGUGACUUCAGUGGCAAGGCCAAAAGUGCAGCAGAAUCUUUGGCAAAGGAAGGCCUUACAUUGCUGAACAGUGAGAAGGAUAAAUAAAAUGACAAAGGGGAAGAUUCGUUUUACCAGGAGCCCUCUGUUUACAUUGUAUUUUUUCUUUUGCCUAGCACUAAACCUACUAAAAUUAUGAAUCUUUACUGCACCUGAGCCAGGCUGCACAUUCACCAGAAAAAUUCUUUUCACACUUUUUGAAUUUCUCAAUGGUCCUCAAAUGUUCUUGAAUUGCUAUAUAAUUUACUUUCACAUGUUUUGUGUUCAGACAAUAAAUUAUUUUAUCACUUUGACCAAUUCACUGUAUUUUAAUAAUAAAGAACUGGAAAUAAUUAUACCUAAAUAUAAAGAUGUUUCUCAAAUUUUGUUAAAGUUAACAUUAACUUUUUAUAACUUAUUGUGCAUGGCCAAAUAUUAUUUCAAACACUGUAUGAUUUUGUCUGUUGUGUCUCAGGAAAUGAAAACUGGAAAUUGUCAGAUUUGUUAUUUGUAUUUUAGUUUCUAGCAUGACCAAUGUCAAUACAAUAUACAUAACAUGGUAAAAAGUACAUGGUAAAAGCAUGUGGACCCCUUCUUCUAAAUAACAGAGUCUGUAAUUCCUGUGAGGACAUAUCUUAAUGUUUCGCCAUACAAAGACAUUCUAUAGAAUUGUGCUGUCAACUGUGCUUUUAACUGAACUUUAUAGAAUCUCACUGUAUUAUGUGUAACACAACAAUUUUUUUUUUUUACUGGAAUUACUGGAAAAUCCAAACCUAGUUAGUAGUAGGUAUCCCCCUACUUUUGGUCAUAAUGAGUGAAUUUGCUAUUAACCUGUGAUUUUCACUGUGGAGGUCUGGAUAAGAAGUAAAUGCGUUCAUGUGUUUAUUCAACUCACUUUCGUUAAGAUGUAGCAAGCAAAUCAUUCAAAAUCAUUGCAUUUAU